GUGGAUUAACUCUGUCUCACACGAUAUUCCCACGCUGACCUCGUCAGCUUCUGAAUCUUGGGGCGCUGUUCUUGCGUCUUCUUACCCCGUCGCGGUCAGUACUACAGGACGGGUUAGCGGCCGACGGUAUACCGUAUUUCUAUUGUUCCAAGUUCAUAGUCAUGCCUCCAAUCCACGAGGUUGCCGUGGCAGGUUUUGCGGAAGGCACAAACGAUUUAUAUGACAAAGCUCGGCCUUCUUAUCCUGAUGAAACACUGGACGCAUUGUUCGCCUCGCUUCCGUCGAAAGACAGCCUGAAUGUCCUUGAGCUUGGCAGUGGAACUGGGAUAUUCACUCGGGCUUUGCUCACUCAUCGUUCUUUCGGCCCUGCAGUGAGGGAAUUGAAAGCUGUAGAGCCCAGCAGGGGGAUGCGGGAAGCAUUCUUAAAGGCAGUAUCAGAUCCCCGGGUAUCAACGUACGAAGGUUCUUUUGAAUUGACAAGGGUGCCGGACGGAUGGGCCGACCUCAUCGUAAUUGCCCAAGCCUGGCACUGGUGCCCAGAUUUUAACAAAGCUAUGUUCGAAUUCAGUCGUUCUCUAAAGCCGGAAGGCGUUGUUGCCUUCAUAUGGAAUAUGGAAGAUAGGGACUCGGCGCAAUGGGUCGCACAAGUCCGGGACUUGUAUGAAGCGGAAGAGAUGGGCACCCCACAAUAUCGCUUGGGCUUGUGGCGCCAAACUUUUGACACCGAAGGGUACAAAAAACAUUUCGCAACUAAGGAAGAGCUCUGGCUCAAGCGCAACCUUCCAACGACCGAUGUCGGUGUGAUCGACCGUGUUCUGAGCAAAAGUCAUAUCGCCGUCCUCGCCGAUGAACGAAAGCAUGAAAUCAGGACCCGUAUACAGGCAAUUUUGACUCGGGGGAAUGACAAAGUUUGGAUAAAUGAAGCAGGGGCGGUAUUUGAAUAUCCUUACACGACGCACCUGGUUAUCAUUAAGCAUAAAUCUGCGUCAGGCAGCGAUGAUUGA